ACCACAGUCACCAAACUGAAGGAGAAGAAAAAUGGUUUCUAUAAAGUCGUUUACUUCGAGAUCUCAUCAUUCAAGGCCAAAACGUUUUGUCAUUUGUAUCUUACUUAUGUCCCUACCCUUCAUGGUAUUCAUAGUUUUAGAGAAGCACAACAGGAUGAUGAACAAAACAACUGAGGUGGAUCCGAAGUUAAGACCAACUUGGUUUGAUGUGAUAGCAAAAGGUCUCAAUAAGAAGAAAGUUAAGGUAGGUGUUGUUAACAUUGAUGCUAGAGAUGAAGAAUUGUUGUCACUUGAGGGUGAAAUGGAGAGUGUGUUUGUAGAUUUUGAUCAUGUUGAUGGGAAGUUGAAAUGGGAGGAGAUUUUUCCAGCAUGGAUUGAUGAAAAUGGGAAGUGCCCAAACAUUCCAAUGCCAAAGUUGGAGAAUUUUGAAGAUCUGAAUGCUGUGGUGGCAAAGGUUCCAUGUGGGGUUAGAGAUGUGUUUAGGUUGCAGGUGAAUUUGGUGGUGGCAAAUUUGGCUGUCAGAAGUGGAUGGGUGAACAAGAUGGAGAAUCAUCAUAGGAAUGUGUAUGUUGUGUUUCUUGGUUCUUGUGGUCCCAUGGAAGAGAUUUUCAGUUGUCACAACCUUUUGUCGCAUCAACAACAAUAUUGGGUCUACAAACCUGAUUUAUGGAGCCUAAAACAGAAAACACUUAUGCCUGUUGGUUCAUGUCAAAUUGCUCCUGGUUAUGCAAAAACAGGUAAAGAGGUGUGGAGAAAUUUCUUUAGUCCAAAGGUAGCCUACGUAUCUGUUCUUCAUUCUUCAGAAGCUUAUGUUUGUGGUGCAAUAGCACUUGCUCAAAGCAUUCUUCGAGCAAAUACCAAUUUUCCAAACGAUCUUCUACUCCUGGUUGAUAAAUCCAUUGGUCCAAAAUCCAUAACUGGUCUAAAAGCUGCAGGCUGGAAGAUCCAACGCAUCAAACGCAUCUUGAGCCCCUUUGCCAAAAGGGGUGCAUACAACAGGUGGAACUACAGCAAAUUACGAAUAUGGCAACUCACCGAGUACGACAAAAUCAUCUUCAUAGACUCCGACCUCGUACUCCUCAAAAACCUGGACCAUUUAUUCGUGUACCCUCAGUUGUCAGCAGCACCUAACCACAAAGUCUUGUUCAACUCGGGCUUGAUGGUGAUCGAGCCAUCCCAGUGCAUGUUCCAACAGAUGAUGAACAAAACCGACAAGGUACGUUCCUACAACGGGGGUGACCAAGGUUUUCUGAAUGAGAUCUUCACGUGGUGGCACCGUUUGCCAACGAAGGUUAAUCUGCUGAAAGGUUUUCAAAACGAUGAGGACGAGAAUCAUGAAGUCCCUUAUGCCAUACACUACUUGGGUUUGAAGCCAUGGAUGUGUUAUAGGGAUUAUGAUUGCAACUGGGACACGCAGUAUCGUCAUAUUUUUGCAAGUGAUUCUGCUCACAGAAGGUGGUGGCAGGUUUAUGAUGCUAUGCCUGAAGAAUUGCAAUCUUACUGUGGACUUACACAGAAGAUGAAUGAAAGGAUCGUGAAGUGGAGAAGGAUAGCAAGAAAUUCCAGUUUGUCUGAUGGCCAUUGGAAGAUCAAGGUGAAAGAUCCAAGAAAGGGUACUUAUCAUUCAGAUUAGAA